AUGAGUGGCUCUAGUAACCACGCUACAUCUGCAUCGUUUCUACAAGACUUAAGCAAUCUACAAUCUCUGGUGGCGCUCCGAAGGAUUGAAAGGGCUCCAUCACAUCUGUGGGAUGAGGAUCAACGGGAGCUAUUGACUAUUCUGUAUAGGUGGUACGACAAUGCUGACCAGACUACUCUUCCCCGGGUGUUCAACUAUGUUACCGGCCUUGACCUUCGGAUUUCAGUUGUACGGUAUCAAUUUGAGAACCAUGUGUUGCUGUAUGGCGGACGCGCCUUUUCAGAGUACGCCCGGGUAAUGGCUAUUCCAUUUCACGAUCCAGAAGGGCGGUACAAUGCUAUCCGUGGAAUUAUAGAAGAAACUGCUACAGACUCGGGCAUUGAUUUACAGCGCAGAGAAACAGAAAUUGCGUUCGACUCUGGCGCUGCCCGGUGGGCGAAGUCCCCAAGGACCAGAAAAACGUAUAGGUCCCUAGUUCGCCGCGCUGCGCAAAAGGAGAAAGAAAAGGGUCAAAUUUCUCGAUUGACUGAGCCUGUUGUAUUGCCGUCAGAUCAGCAAGAAAUACCGAUAUCAGAAUGCGUACUCGGGAAUGUAGCAUUGUCCACAAACAACCAAGACGAAGAAAGGUGGUCUGAUACUGAAAACCCGAGCCCCCGAACAGCUUUAGUGGAACAAGUGCGGUCCUCUAUGGAGCCUAUCAAGCGAAAAAUUGCAUUUCGCGUCUGGGAUGAGAAUAGUAGAACAAUAUUCAGUAAGGAAGAUGGGUUUGUCAGCCAGGCUUUUACCAUCUGGCGCGGUGAAUAUCCUCCACCAUUCACUCCAGACGGUGAGGGCAGGGAUGCACUGAAGCUGUUGACCAACUUGCAUUUGUGCUUGAAGGGUGGGGCGUCUACUUUUGUUUCCUUGUCUACGAGCUUACUACAGGCUUUGGUCAAAGCAAGCACCAUGGAUGACCCAUGGAUAGCUAUUGAACGUAUGGUAUGGGCUUCGGUACCCGCCGGAGCAAUCCUACAUCACUUUCCCAUCGCCGACCUCCACAUUCUAGCACAAAGGGACCCCAUCUGCUCUCAGCUUCUAAACCUAUCCGCAUUUCAACCCCGUAGACGCACACGCCAUGUUUCUGAUCGCAUGUGUGAACAACUUAAUACCAUCACCACACAUACCAUACGAGCGGUGGCAGCCAUCGCGCGGGCUUUUGGUAUGCAUUGUGAACGUGUUAGCCACGUCCACAUUCAAGGUUUCAUCGCCGCUUUGGUCGAUUCGUUUCAGCUUCGUUACGACGAGACGGGAGACGCCCACGCGAGUAACAUCGCACACAACUUUGCAGUGACGCUUCGAUCACGCGUUCACCGCAUUGAAGAUGUUGCUCUCGCGUUUCUCGAGGGUGCCAGGCAGGGCAACGAUGUUGUUGCGUAUUACGCGCGCCGUCGAUCGUAG